AUGGCAACCUCAAAGUCGGCAAACAGUGAAGUGGCACCAUCCUCACCAGGCAAGGCCCAGUCUCAAGGGACGAAUCAACGCACAUCAGCAAAGGGACACGUUAUUACGCGUAAGAGAGCCAUACUGGGCCGUGGUCAGCCCGCAUCGGCUGCCGUCAAGCCGCUCGGCGUGCUGUUCGUCGGAACCAAGGCGCCGUUCAUGUCAGUCGUGAAACGGGCUAUCAAGACACUUGACAAGGGCCCAGGCGGUGCACGGUGGUCAUCGACGAAAGUCAAGACACUCCCCGAGCGCAUUGCGUUGGCGCAGGAGGCGCCCAUCCACGCGGCGACGACGGCCGCUACCGGCACCGGCACUGGCUCCAUCUACAAGGCAGCGCGACAGAGGGAGGUGGUCAUUCUCGGCACAAGCCACGCCAUUUCCAAGCUCGCACUGGUGGCUGCAUGGUUCCAACGCCAGCAAAACUACGUGGUGACCGUGCGGACGCGGUCUGCUGUGUCGAUUGACGACGUGUAUACGUUUGUGGGGGGGGAAGCGGAGGACGGCGACAAUGGCGACAACGACGGCGGAGGUGCCGAUGCCGACGAUGCCGACGGUCCCGCAGACACAAUGGAUAUCGACGCUCCGGCGAGGACGGCCACGACAGCCACGACGACAGCAGCCACCCAGCCACACAAGUCAACACGGCUGCGGAAUAUGAGCUGUCUUGAGGUGGCUGUACGUUUAAAGUGA